GGUGUAAAUAUACUGUCUAUAUUAUGGUUAAGUCUACUUUUUAACCAGUACGAUAGUAAAAUUUCCAAGGAACAUUUCCUUGUAAUACAAUUUCUUCCAAUUAUUUUACUGAUUUUUUUUGGUGUUUUCGCGUUGGCAGUUAUACUGUAUAGAGUGGCAACUUUCAAUGAUUGCAAAUCAGCUGCGGAGGAUUUACAAGCGGAAAUAAAAGAAGCGAGAACAGCGCUUCAACAAAAAGGAUUCAAAUUCGAUUGAUAUUUUAAUAUAUAUUUACUUGCAACAACGGAGUUAACAUUCCAAACAAUGUUUAUAACUAAAUGUAAUUUUACAUACAUUAUUUUAGUCUCUGAAAUAAAAAUUUAAUUUUUGUAAAUAUAUUAUGAACAUAAAUUAAAAAUUAAAGAAUCUAAACAUAUUAUGUAAUCCAAAAAUUUAAAAUUAUAAUACUCUAUAAAAUAGUUAGAUAUUUCCCUUUCCCAAUUCCUUUUAGCCGCUGUAACUCUCUAACAAAUCGUCCUAUUGUCCGUAUGAUGAAACUGGCCAAUGAGGACCCACUAUUCCUUAAUACUCAGCAUUAAAUCAUUGUCUGUUCGUUCUUUAUAUCUUAAGAUUUAAAAUUGUUGUUAUUUAUGUAAUUUUCUCUUAGUUAUUAUUUAUACUAUACAAUGUAAUCGGGCACGUCCCGUAUUCAAUAAUAGAUAAAUAAAUAAAUUAUAGCAUAGAACAUUAUAGGUCAGAUGCACACUAAUGAGAAA